AUGGUGGCCCAAAAACUCCCUCCUGAACCCAGCAGGCUCCGUGUGGCUAUCUGCGGCGGCGGUCCAGCUGGCCUGGGUGCUGCCAUAGCGCUCUCCGCGCUCCCGAAUGUCGAAGUGACCAUCUAUGAGCAAGCCAGAGAGCUGCGAGAGAUAGGGGCGGGGAUUCGCAUCGGGUAUAACUGCUGGAGAGUGCUGGAGCUGAUGGGUGCCGCUCAGGAUGUCAAGGGGCAUCUAAAGACAACAGUCUUGCAUCGCAAUGGCGUGAAUGGACAGAUCCUGGAUACGAGGUCGUCUUCUAUGCCCGUCCAGUAUAAACCGCGGCGAGUGAGGAGGACACGCCUUCAAUCCGCCCUGCUCAAGCAAGUUGCUCCGGAAACGAUCAAGCUCAACAAACGGCUUGUCGCGCUGAAGAACCUGCCUCAAGGAGGUAUAUCGCUUCUAUUCGAAGACGGUUUCGAGACGACUGCCGACCUCGUCGUAGGGGCAGACGGCAUCCGCUCCGUGAGUGCUUCGCCUUUCUGCGUGGAAAUCCUGACUCCUGAGACGCUGCAAGGUCGGACAACGAUCUGGCGGACGCUCAUCCCCAUCAGCACCAUUUCCCACCAAGCUGAGCUCAACUCGCUGACGUCGUGGUGGUACGGUCCCGCGGGCCACGUCUAUCUCUCCCCGGUCGACGAUCCGGAGGAACUGGGCGAAAGUGAGAGGAUGUUUGAAAUCUCGUGUCGGAACCUCGUCGAUCCAGAGACCGUAGGCGGGAAGAGGUUUAGCUGGGGAAUUCCAACAACAAACCAGAGAGUCCAGUCUCAUUUCACGGAAUAUGACCCGCGCGUCAGAGAUGUGAUGUCCCGCGUCCCCGAAGGACAGUGGAGGGAAUUUGCGGCAUUUGCAGGCCCAAGGCUGGAAAAACUCACCGCGUGGGACAAAGUGGUGCUGCUUGGGGACGCGAGCCAUCCGCUAUCGGGAGCCUUCGGUUCAGGGGCGGCGUUUGCGUUGGAGGACGGCUGGAUCCUCGCACGAGCCAUCGAAUACACUCGAGACAUUCCCAAGGGCGGCCUCGCACAAGCUCUUGAAAUCUUCGACGCCGUCAGGUCACCGUACUAUCUUAGAAUGUACCAAUAUCUCGACGAACAGAAGCGAAAGGCAAAGGAGGCGGUGGCCAAUGCCCCCGAUAAGUCGUUCGAGUCCCUGCUGAAGAUCAAGAUGGCGUCGUUUGGGAGCGAGGAAGGAUUGCCGUGGAUAUACCACAACGACAUCGAGGACGUCUGGGAAAAGUACCUAGAGGCUCAAGUCAGCUUGUAG